UCUUUGCUGUUUUUCCCCUUCACUCCCUUCAGGGUCUGAUUCAGAUCUUAAAUGAUGAAAGAGUGGAUAUGAGGAAACAAAACUGUCUCAUGUGUGUCAAUUUCCAGGACUGAACGAGCAGACAAGAUGGAGACCUCCGGCCGAAGUUCAAAUAAGUGUAUCGUAUGUUUGCAAGCUGAUGAAUCAACCCAAAUGAACUUGACACCAUCCAAAUCAUCCCUAGAAAAACUCAAAGACUUUGCAAAAAAACGCUCUUCUUUGGGGGAAACUACGAUUUCUCCUGUUUGGGAAAGGAUAGUAAGUCUUACAGAUGAACAAUAUUUUCAGUCUGUUUUUCAUUGGGCAUGCUACAAACAGAUUGUAAAUAAUGCGAAGUUGAAAAGGGCAGAGAAAAGGGUUCUUGAUGCAUCAUCAUCAUCAUCAAAGACAGCAGUCCAACCAAAGAAAGGACGGCCUUCAAGAUCGGUUUCACCGUCAUGCAGCAAAGGAGAUGUACCAGGGCGACUAAGAAGAUCAAGCUCUGCACCGAAUGCCAAAAAUUGUGUGUUUCAAUGCAAAAAUGCACAUAGUGGUGAACUACAUAGAGUAGAAACAGAGUCUAUGGGGAGAAGAUUAAUGUUCAUCAAAUCAAACACAAAAGAUGAAAAAUUACGUGUGGCGUUAGCUCAUGUUAAUGAGCCUACAGAUUGUUCUGCAUUUGACUUGAUGUAUCACAGAAAUUGUCUAAGGGAUCAUGAGCGAAAGGUACAGGGCUACUCCAACUCAGAGAUGAGGUCCAAAUUAAACAUUGGCAAACAUAUUGCUGAUAUUGACAUAUUGAAUGCUGUGAAAUGUUCUUUGAAUGAAGGGUUUACUGUGACGAUGAAUGAAGUUAAUGAGUUGUACGUUUCAUUCCUUGCUGACAAUGACAUCGACCCCGGACCUUAUCACCACAAAAAACACCUGAAAGCAAUAAUAUCAGAAAACAUUGAAGGAGUAAAUUUCAUAAAAUCACAUCGUGCCAAUGAAAGUGAACUUCUCGUAGGUGAAAAGCUGCUUGGAAAAACUGUUUCUGAACUUCAUGAGCAACAAACAGAAGAAGCUGAUGUUGAAUGUCUUCAGGAAGCAGCUACGAUACUAAGAAAGGCACUUGCAUCUUCAUCUGCUAAAUGGAAAUUUACAGGUAUCCAGUCGAUGUCAGAAUUUCAGCAUCCUCCUCUACUGACCAGUUUCCUUCGUUGGGUUCUCUUUGGCACAAAAUGCGUAGGCAUUAAGGGAAGACGUAGCCAAUCAUCAAGAAAAGCAGUCAAUCUUAUGGCGCAGCAAAUGUUGCUUAACUUCAAGACUGACCGUCAAGCAGCAUAUUCACCAGAAUCAGAUGCCGAAUUCAGAAGGAGGCAUGAAACGCCGUUAUCAGUAGGAUUGGCACUCACAAUACACAAGAAGACAAGAAGUAAAGAUCUAGUUGAUCUUCUAUCCCAUUUGAACAUUGGAUGCUCGUAUGAUAAGGUGCUGCAAAUUGAAAAGCGGAUUGCCAGUGGAGUUGCAGAAAGGAUGGAGACAUCUGGUGGGUUUUGUUUGCCACCUUUCAUUGAGAAAGGAAAGUCUCUAUUUUUCGCAGCGGACAAUAUUGACUUCCUUGAAAACACUGCCGACGGUCAGAACACUCUCCAUGGUACCAUUCUGGUAAUCAAUCAGAACCAGGGUGGGGAUAGUGACUCAACCACAGGUCUCCCGGUCAGUGAACCACUCCGGAUUCCAGACGAUGUCAAACCCAUUGAUGUAGACAUCAAACUACAGCAUCCACCAUCUCUUGAAGUCAAAACAAUCACUGCCAGUUCAUUUGAGUUUGGCUCCUUUCAGCAUGCCAUCAGCGAAAAUGAGAUGUAUGACAAGGCGUGGUUCAUGGCAUCCUUUUCUACAAGGUCAAAUACAACUUCAAGUGCAACACACCCUGUAGCUGCAAAUGAAUCUCUACACAUUGAUAUUUCUCAACUGACUGAGCCUCUUGAUAGUCAAUCACCGCUUACAGAACAAUCAAGUGAUGAUGAGACUAGCCUCCACGUCCAUUCUGAUCAGAACAGUGAUACACAACCUGAGGACGAGCAAUCUUUGGAGUCGGUUACUUCAGGUGCAACUUUUGAACAUUACCUUGUUUCGGAUAUUGAACAGCCUAUGGCAAUGACAACUCCUAGUCUAGACAAUUCAGGUGGGAAUUCCAGAGUCCAUGGAAUUGAACAAAGUGAAGGAAGCACUAAAACUUCUGAAGGACCUGGUGUACACUCAUCAGCCAAAGCACUGAAGAAGACAGUAGUGCCAACCUGGGCAGCCACCAAUUCCUUACUCGUUCAGGCACAGCAGAAAGGAAAUCAAUCCUUGACAAAGAGUGCGAUUGUUGCUCCUCUGUUACGCCGACCUCCCACUGACUAUUCAUCUCUCUUUACAAUCUUAAGUCUUGCUCAAGGGAUAUCAGCUGCUGUGGUUGGUCCUCAUAAGAAAACAGUCAUCACCCUUGAUCUUGAUUUGUAUGAGAGAGCAACCAAACUUCAAUCUUCCACAGGGAACAAGAACUGGAUUCUUCGAAUUGGUGAACUCCAUGCCUGCUUCGCAUCACUGCAUGCAAUUGCAAAAUAUCUCGAGGACAGUGGCUUGGAAUCUAUUAGCAUUGAAGCAGGCCUCUUUUCCCCUUCAACGAUCCGCCAAAUAUUCACUGGAAAGUGGUUCAAACGUGGUAUUGAAUUCCACAUGACCAACAUCAUGGCGUGCUAUGAUCUCCUGUUUGAAGCAUCAGUACAUCAUGAGCACUUGGACAGCAUGAUUAAGAAAUGCGAAGAGCUUCGUAAGAAGUUACACGAGAGAGAUAGUGACAUUAAACAGGUUUUUGAGGAGGUAACUUCGAUGAUUAAAGAGCAUUAUCAAACCACAAUCAUCCAAGAGAAUGACGAGAUGGCAACAUUCUUACUCAACUACAUGAAGCAAGUUGAGAGUUUACUGCAUGUGAUUCGAGCUAGCAGACAGGGGAACUGGGAGCUGCAUCUCGCUUCCAUGGAAGAGCAGGUCAAGUACUACUUUGCACAUGACUUAUACAAGUAUGCUAGGCUCGUGCCAAUCUACCUUCUUCAAAUGCAUUCGCUGAAGACAUCUGAUCCUACUACUUGGGAUGCACUAAAGGCAGGGGACUUCAUGGUCACUAAAUCUGGCAUCCCAUUCACGAACCUAUUUGUUGACCAAACAUUGGAACAGCUGAUCAGGGAAGUGAAAGUAGCUGGCGGCAUCACUGGAAUAACACAAAAUGAAGAAGCACUGGGUAGGUUUUUCCUGAUUGCCCCUGAAUUGGUCAUCCUCAUUCAAGACUUCCAAGAUGCUUACUGUUGUACCACCAAUGACUCUCAAACUACGAAGGAGCACUAUCAGCUCAGUGGUUCUGUGGCUCUUCGCAUGCACAGAAAUUCCUCAACAAUCAAGAAAGCAAUCAUACGACACUGCGAGGGCAAUCCAUUUGAAAUCAGGUCAAUGAAGCUGAUGAAUAUGGUAUCUAACAUGCAAGUUCCUGAAGCUUUCAAGGAGGACAUUCUUGAAAGAGAUGUAAAGGGAAAGAUCAUGUUCCAAGAAUUUGUAUCUGACAGAAUAGUUGAGUCAUCGGCCAAGAAAUCUAUCUGGGACCCAAUGAGGAAGGCCAAACUGAAGACAUUCAGCUCUUGCAGAAAGAAGACACAGUGUAAGAUUGGAGCCAAGCUCGUCAAGCUAAGAGAGGAUCGCCAACUUCUUGCAAGAUUUCUCGUUGUUCAGCAGUCCAGACCUGGAAUGAUACAUUCACUGGGUGACACAAUUGGAAAAUAUGAAUUUUCUGUCAUUCCUAGGUCGCUAUUUACCUCAGAUGGCCUUCUCCUUAUCCCAUCAGACAAAAGCUCUUUCAUCCAUGCCAUAGAAACCUAUGGAACUGAACCGAAUAGUCAGUCUGAAGACCAGAUCAAUGAGCAGCAAGAUUCACCCAACAUAGAGACAUCAGGAGAAGACAAGAAAACAGACAAACUGUGCAUCAUCGAUGCCAUGGCAGUUGUCCAGGCCAUAAAGAAGUCCCCAUCAAUGGUUGACUGCUCCGACUUUGCUGCUGCUUUUGUUAGGAGCAUAAGGAAAAUUGCAUCCCAGUACGAUGAAGCACGUGUUAUCUUUGAUAGAUACAUUGAUGAUUCCCUCAAGGCACAGACUAGAGGGAAAAGGACUGCAGGUAUUGAACCAGUGAAGUUUGAUAUCAAGGACAAUACCAACAUCAAGCUCGUUUCACUGAAGACUCUUCUGUCUCACAACUACACCAAGUCGCAACUGACAGAAUAUCUUGGAAAGGCUGUUCUGCAUGAGUAUACAAAUAGUAGCAAGAACGUUGUUGUCGUCUACGGAAAUGCUACAUAUUCCAACAAGCCAGAUAUGUUUGAUCCAGAACUCACCCAUCACACACAUGAGGAAGCGGAUACACUCAUCCCAUUGCAUGUACUGGAUGCUACCUCAAAAGCAGCAGAGAACAUCAUAGAUAUUGAUGUUUAUUCUCCAGACACUGACGUCUUUGUAUAUCUGAUGGAUCUUUGUUCUACACACAAUGUCUUAGGUCGCCUUUGCUUCAUCACUGGAAAGGGAAAUGCGAAACGUACAAUUGACAUUGCUGAGAGAUGUUCUGCAGUUGGUAGCGAAAAAAGCAAAGGUUUGCUUGGUCUACAUGCAUUCAGUGGUGCCGAUUGGGGUGGUAAAUUUGCAGGCAUCUCAAAGAGCAGAUGGAUCAAGCAGUAUUUGGGCCUUGACCCAGAAUGUGACAUAGUCCAUGCAUUCCAAACAUUAGGUGAAGAAGACUUCAACCAGGAAAGUGUGUUAUCAGUCUUGGAAGACUUUGUCUGCAAGGUGUAUGCUAGAAACAGCAAAGCCACAAAAGUGAGUGACCUUAGAUGGGAGUUAUUCAGGGCAAAAAAUCUUGAGGCAGAAAAGCUCCCACCAACCCUUGGAUCCUUGACACCACACAUCCAGAGGGCAAACUUCGUAGCCAGAGUCAACAAGGGAUACAAAGUUCCAAAACCAAAGCUGCCCCCUCUAGAUGGAAAUGGAUGGGAGCUUUCCCCAGAAGGAACAUUCAGUGCAACCAAGUGUUUAGAGCUUCCUGCGCCGAAGGCAGUCAUGGAAUUGGUCAAAUGCUCAUGUCGGAAGGAAUGCAAAAGCCAUUGCUCUUGCAAGAAGAACCAUCUGCCUUGCACAGCCCUAUGCAAGUGUUGUGACUGUGAAAAUACACAGGACUAUGAUGUGAAUGUGAAUAGCCCCGAUGUUGACUAGGUGAAUAUAAAAUUGUAGAUUAUAAGAAAUUGUUGUUUCAAUGUCGCAACUAAACUCACAUCCAUAAGAUUAGUUGUCAUUUUAGACACAGUUGUAAGGAGGUACAUUUGGUAGACAUUUGGUCUUUGAAAUCACAAUCGCAUGAUUUAUCAGUCUCAGGUUAUGCCAUGCAUUAUAUGUCAUUAUCCAAUUCAACAUAUCGCAAUAUAAAGCAGGAGUUGACUGCCGUGAUUGAUUCUAGAAUCACAUGCCUUCCAAAAUGAUUGAUUUUGCAUUUUAAGCGCUCCAAUACCCAAUAUGUGUUACAAAUCUGAAAUACCAUAUUAUGGCGGCCAUUUUGAAUUUCAAGAUGGCGGCUAAUUAGAAUGGUCAUCAUUAAACGAAGCAUGUAUUUCCUUUUAAAGCAUGUAUAUCAUCAUAAUGAUGAUCCUAUAACAAGUUUUAACCUUUCCAUGCACUUCUAACUUGAUAUUCAAGUUGAAAUAGGCUUAACAAUGGCGGCCAUUUUGAAAUUCAAAAUGGCGGCUUAUCCGGAACAAAGCACAAUUUCAUGGAAAUUUGUAUUACUAUAUCAGACAUCAAUGCCAUGCUUUUUAUCCGAAAUUUGAACCUUCUAUGAUGUCUAUAAUAUGAAAUAAUGCUCAAAAUGCAACUAU